AUGCAUCAUGAGCUUAUAAACGGGACACGAUUGGAGAUCCUUAAACUGAACAACAAUCGGUUAAGUGGCCCAAUACUUACUUUUGGGCCUACAACUCUACAAUAUCUGGAUCUUUCUAACAACUUUUUCACAAGCUUUGAUCAACAUCCAACUUUUCUUCCAUGGACUCAUCUAAAAGUUCUUGAUCUCAGAUCCAAUUCGCUCAAAGGAUCACUUCCUAUUCUGCCAAUCAAUACUUCACAUUUUUAUAUUUCAAACAACUCAUUGACCGGAAAUAUACCAGAAUUGUUUUGCAAUCUGAGUUCUCUUGAAGUCCUUGAUUUGGCUGGUAACAACUUAAGUGGUUCACUUCCUCGAUGCUUGGGCAACUUUGGUGAUUCUCUAGUAAUACUUGAUUUGCAAAGGAACAAUUUUGAAGGAAGCAUUCCAAAAAAUUGGAUAAAAGGAGGCCAAUUGAAGAUAAUCAAGUUUAGUCAAAACAAAUUUCAAGGGCAUUUACCGAGAUCGCUGGCCAAGUGUACGAUGCUAAAGGUCUUUGAUCUUAGUGAUAACCAAUUCAAUGGUACAUUUCCGUUUUGGUUGGGCCAUCUUCCAAAUUUAGAGGUCCUCAUUUUACGGUCUAAUAAAUUCUACGCUUCAAUGGAGACAGCUCAAACUUAUUUCAAGUUCCCCAGAAUGCGAAUCUUAGACAUCUCCUACAAUGAUUUUAUUGGAAUGCUGCCUCUAAGACUUCUUGAGAAUUGGAAGGCUCGACAAUUUGAGAAUGUGGAUCCGUUAACAUAUAUUGAUGAAAACCCAUACUUCAAAUUACAAACUAGUAAUGGGUAUUACCUAUAUGCUCGGUCUUAUACUUACUCCAUGAAUUUGACAAACAAAGGCAAGAAUAUGUUCUACGAGAAGGUCCUUGAAUUGUUCAUAGCCAUUGACUUCUCAAGCAACAAAUUUGUCGGUGAGAUUCCGAAAUUUAUUGAAAAUUUAAAGGGAAUUCAGUUGCUCAAUCUUUCUAAUAACUAUCUCACUGGUCACAUCCCACCAUCUUUAGGGAAUCUUAUAGAGUUGGAAGCGUUGGAUCUUUCUCAAAACAAGUUGUCAGGGGAUAUUCCACAACAGCUAACACAGCUUACUUUCUUAGGAUUCUUCAAUGUUUCUCAUAAUAAUCUCACGGGACCUAUACCACAAGGAAAACAAUUUGGUACAUUUGAGAACAAUUCAUUUGAAGGGAAUCCAGGGUUGUGUGGGAGACCAUUGACAAAGACAUGCAGUAAUUCUGAUGAGCCGACUUCUCACCCUACAAUCUUUGAAGAAAGUCAAAAUUCUGGAUCACCAUUCGAAUUUGGUUGGAAAAUAGUUGUCAUUGGAUAUGGAUUUGGAUUCAUUGUUGGAGUAAUAAUUGGGCCCAUUGUGAUCGCAAGAAAGCAUGAUUGGUUAAUGAAGACCUUCCGAAUAAGGCCACUAAGUAGGAAGAGACGCUGA